GCGUCCCUCAACCUCCACCCUCGUCUCAUGGUCCUCGCUCCGUAAGUCUGUGCGGGGCGGUCUCGCCCCAGAUGCCUGCUACUGUCGACGCUGUAUCGGGGCGGUCAGAGUCCAACAGCUCUGACCGUACAGUAGCUCCGAAUGAAUCGUCGCCGUACUUUCUCGAAGACGCCGAAGCCAUUGGCCUCGUACCGGAGACACAGGCGGUGAACCAUCUCUCGUUGGAAGAACCAGACGACCAGGAUAUCUAUCGUGGAGAGCCUCCUUUACCUCCCAGGCCAGCUUCUAUCAGGUCCCAGAGCUCGUCCUCUUCGUCCUCCUCUUCCGCGUCCUCUGUGUUCGGUGGACGCCUCGGAGCAAUAUCAGCGGUCGUCGAACAUGCUAUUGCUACGUGGGCUCGUGCGUGGGCAUCCUCCUCAUCGCUCUCAACUACAUCGUCCUCGUCCUCGUCGUCCCAGUCUAUGAGGACAAUGGCGAGGUCCCUCGCCACUCGCACGCGGAGGGGUAGACCGAGCAUCGCAGACGCGCAUAACGAACGAACGGAACGCCAAAUUGCAGCUCGCAUCAGAGCCAGGGAGGAAUGGAGAUACGUCCCGCGGUCCUUCGACUUGUAUGUACCGACUCCUUUGGUCCCGGACUCACUCGGUAGGGAAGGCCUGGUUCCCGGCGCUGAGGACAGGCAUUUCAUCCAUACGGAUUCCCUACCUCUCAUCAUUGCUCAGCUCGGCGCAGCCCUCAAGGGUAAUGAGCGGGCGAGACGGGCACGGACAGAGACGAUUGCCUUGGAGUCACACGUUCCUUCGCCCCCGACGAUUCACCACCAUUAUAUGAUGCCUGAGGACAUAGCGUCCUCGACGAGCUCCUCAAGCCAAGAGCCCACCCUUCCGCGCAGAGCUAGGAAAGGGAAGAAACGGGCAACUGCGAUGCCAAUACCGACACCAAUGUCUCAAGCGUCAUCCGCUGCGACUGAGCCUGGCGAUGCGGAGAAAGCAUGGUGGUUAGAUGUCACCUCACCUACGUGGGAAGACAUGCGUGCAAUUGGCAAGCUUCUCCACCUCCACCCGUUGACUCUGGAGGAUAUCUUGCAGCAGGAUCCCAGAGAGAAGUUGGAGGUCUUCCCGAAACUAGGAUACUACUUUGUUGUCUUUCGUGCGAUCGAAAGCAUGAAGACCAGGGAGCGGUUGCGUGCACUGCAAAACCCUCGAGAUGGUACCGCGUCGUCUGCGUCGCCUAUGGAGGAAGCCAUCGUUGGUGAGGUCAACGUGUACUUGAUCGUCUUCCGUGAAGGUAUCUGCUCGUUCCACUUCUCGGAUAUCGGAGAACAUGUUGACCGUGUUCGGAGGAAAAUACUCAAACUCUCGCAGAGCGUCAACAUGACUUCAGAUUGGAUUGCCCAUGGAAUAAUGGACUCCAUCGUGGACUCAUUCUUCCCUUUCUUGGAAGGGGUCGAAAAGGAGGUUGCCAACAUGGAGAGCCUAAUGGUGUCUGAUGAAGAUGUUGCAACAGACCCCGCGGUGACCAAUCCUCCACCCGCGCCUGCUGAUAUACCCUCCACUUCGAGCCUCGAGAAGGUUGCGGCACAUGAUACCAACGAGAAACCUGAAACAUCCAGCUUUGCGGUCAUCGAGAAACCACGCGAAACUUUCAAGGCUGUGGAACGGAAGACGCAGUUCAAAUUUCCUACGAGCUGUCGUCUCCACCUUCGGGGAUUGAAACGUUCGGUGCAGGCCUUCUACGGCCAUUUCCGUGUUGUGUUCAAGCACACGCCGACGGCGAAGACCACGACUACCGUCCAUCGGAUGGCCAGGACGAGGAGACUCGUUACGUCGCUCACCCGAGUCUUAGCGCACAAGUCGGAGGUCGUUGCGCAGCUCCAAAAGCGAUUGCUGACCGUCGGUCAAGGUGGACUUGGGAACGGCACCGAGCACGACCACGAUGUCUAUGUGUAUAUGGGUGAUGUGCAGGAUCACAUCCUGACCCUGCAGCAGGCACUAGUCCACUACGAGCGUGUACUGAGCACGUCACAACCUACCUACCUAUCCCACCUCCGCCUCUCCCACUCCAAGGCGCAGUCAGGCACGGACACUGCUCUCGUUACACUCACGACCGUUAGUAUGGGUGUCGUCUUGGUCCAGACUGUCAUUGGUCUGUUCUCUAUGAACAUCCAAAUUCCCGCCAACAACCUCACGGGCACUCGUUACUACGUGUUCGGCAUCGUGGUUUCGUUCGCAGGCGUUGUACUCAUCGUCUACGCUAACUUCGUGCGUCUCUGGUGGAAGUGGGCUAAGCGGCGGAGAUGGCGUCAGGGGCCCGUGUUGACCGAGACCCAGUAGCCGCAGACGUCGCUUUGCAUCCCCUGGGCAUUUCAAUGCGAUUCCUAGCCUGCCUGCACGUCGUAACUUAUUCCUGCAUACUAUCACUAUUAGGACAAUGGUCGCAUUGUACACCAUACAUUCAUCACACGCUUGGACAUUGGUCGUGAGUCCCAUCAUUUGCAUUUCACCCAUCCAUCCAGGAGCAACACGAAAGAAUAAUAGAGGGGUAGUGCUACAGGGAGCGGUGUCUCCAAAUCGUUAGUCUGCGUAUAGUCAUGCGUCUAGAUAGCGAACAAAACAAGGUAGAUGGCACCUGCGUAUGGAUGAUGAUCUUCCGAAGGAUGUCACG